UGGAUGGAAAACGAAGUUUGAACAUCAACAUUUUCCUGAGACAGUUUAAGUCAGGGCAAGAAGUUGUGGAGUUUGUCAAAAACUGUCAAUCCUCAGAAAUUGGUGCUGAAAGAUUACGUACAUUCAAAAAGAUUCUUCCAGAAAGCGAAGAGAUAAUGACAGUGAAGUCAUACACAGGUGACAAAGAAAAGCUAGGUUCAGCUGAGCAGUUCUUUUUGCAGCUAUCCGAGGUCAAAAAUUUCACAGUGAUGGUUGAUGGAAUGUUGUUGAUGGAGGAGUUCCAGCCCAAUGUUGGAAUCCUGCAACUCCAAGUCGAUCACUAUCUCCAGACGUGCGACAGUUUGCUUGAUAAUAAGUCUCUGAAACAGUUUCUUCAUCUGGUCCUGGUAACAGGCAACUUUCUGAAUUCUGGAAGUUAUGCUGGAAAUGCUGCUGGAUUCCGACUCAGCACAUUACCGAAGCUUAUGGAUACCAGAGCUAAUAAACCAAGGAUGACCUUACUUCAUUACUUGGUGGAAGUUGCUGAGAAACAAGAUAAAGAAAUGUUGGACUUUAUUUCAGACAUGAAAUAUUUGAAACAGUGUGCCAGGAUAUCCUUCGAAGCUUUGGAAGCAGAGUUUAAUCAGCUUCAUCUUGGAGUGACAAAACUUAAAGAACAAAUAGAAGGUGAUGAUACAAAUUUAAUAGAACACUUUGGGAAAUUUAUUCAGCAAGCCUUGAAACAGUUAGAGAAGUUAGACUGUGGCCUAAAGGAGCUUCGUGUUAAAGCAUCAAAAUUAGCCAAACAUUUUUGUGAAGACCCAAAUGUAUUCAAAGUAGAAGAAUGUCUGUCUCUGUUCAAUAACUUCUGUGAGAAACUGAAAUCGGCUCAAAAAGAAAAUGAGGAAAGAAGAAAGCAGGAGGAAAGGAUGAAACAGUUAAAACAACAGAGAUUAACUCAGCAGAAAGGACGAAAGAAAGAUACCAGGAUUCGACAAUCCUCAGUCUCUGGCAUCCUCAAAACACUUUUACAACGCAACACAAGUGACUCGGAGGACCCCCGGGAGCUGAGGAAGAAGUAUGUGUCGUAGAGCGACUCCUGGCGGAUAUUAAGAAAGGAGAUUUUAAGCUCAGGAAGACUAAAUCAUCUCCAUUGUGAAUCAGCAACUACAAAAUGUUUCAUCUGCUCUGAUUCAACUAUUUUUAAGUCUGUUUUUACUAAACAGUUAAUGUUUCACUGCUGUGAUUUAACUGUUUUUAAGCAUCUGUUAUUACUUGAGAGCUAAUGUAUCACUGCUCUGAUUCGGCCAUUUCGAAAUAUUUGUUAUUAUCUGAGUUAAUGUUUCACUGUUGGGAUUUAACUGUUUUUAUUUGACAGUUAAUAAUAAUAAUAACGCUAUGGUACGACAAAGGAAUUUUUCUACCACUUUUUUGUUUUAAUGUUAUUCAUUGGCUUUACUAAUAAGGAAAAUUAUUUUCUUUCACUGAAUAAGUUGGGUCUCAUUUUACAACUAUUACUGCUCUAAUAGU